GAGAGAGAGAGAGAGGGGGGGGGGUUAAAAUAAAUAAUGAUCCUAUCCUAGAGCUACACCAACGGAAAUCUGUAUCGCUGCGCUGGCAACUGUAGAAAACAGAACAACGAGCAAGAGACUGAGAUAAACAACAUACAACAUAAGAAAGCAGCCAACUACCUAAAACCAAAAAUAAGCUACUUCUGUGAAGGCACCGGAGGCCAGCGCAGGAAGGACUCAUAACAUAUCGUUGGAAUUGCAUCGCGAAUAACGGCACAGGAAGGACAUUUGUCAUGGAGUUCCUAAACGACUCAUUGGUCGGCGGAUCAGACCUGGACCUGAGAGCCUUCCACUUCUACAACGACUCUCUGCUUUUCCAGAACAACUUCAGUGUUGGCUACAACGAGACCUACGCCUUCCUCCCCACUGGCAUCAAGAUCACCAUCGUUGUAGUCUACAUGAUGGUCUGCGUGGUGGGGCUUGUGGGUAACUGUCUGGUCAUGUACGUCAUCAUCAGGUACACCAAGAUGAAGACAGCCACCAACAUCUACAUAUUUAACCUGGCUCUGGCUGAUUUCCUGGUCCUCGCUACCUUACCCUUCCAGGGAACAGACGUUUUCCUGGGCUUCUGGCCGUUCGGUAACGCCCUCUGCAAGGCCGUGGUCUCCAUCGACUACUACAACAUGUUCACCAGCACUUUUACUCUGACCGUGAUGAGCAUGGAUCGCUACGUGGCUGUGUGCCAUCCGGUCAAAGCCCUGGACAUGAGGACGCCCCACAAGGCCAAGGUGGUCAACAUCUGUGUGUGGGUACUGGCGUCGGCGAUAGGGGUACCGGUCAUGGUGUUGGGAGAUGUGGAGGUGGAGGUCGAACAUAACAGUAUAGAGUGUAACAUAGUCCUUCCAGACCCCCGUAGCUACUGGGACCCGGUGUUCGGCACUUGCGUCUUCCUCUUUUCCUUCCUCAUCCCGGUUACCAUCAUCAGUGUCUGCUACAGCCUGAUGGUCAAUCGCCUUCGCAGCGUCCGCAUCCUGUCUGGCUCCAAGGAGAAGGACCGUAACCUGCGCCGCAUCACCCGCAUGGUCCUGGUCGUAGUGGCAGCCUUCGUGGUCUGUUGGACCCCCGUCCAGAUCAUGGCUCUGGCCCAGUUGCUGGGCUUCAACCUGGGUAGCCUCCUCACCAUGGCCCUGAUGCACUUCUGUAUUGCGCUGGGGUACGUCAACAGCAGUCUUAACCCAGUCCUCUAUGCCUUCCUGGACGAGAACUUCAAGAGGUGCUUCAGGGAGUUCUGCCACCCGGGUCCGUUCCGCCUGGAUAGCCGGCAGCAGUCUGGUCGGAUGAGGAGCAUCGCCCGUGAAGUUGCCUACAACUGCAAAACGGCGGAUGGGAAUACAAAUCCCGCAUGACUAGGCGUGGAGCUGCCCCUGGUCUGCCAGGAGCCCCAGAACAACCACCACCAAGGGACAGGGAACUCCAACACAGAGCUCACGCAGAUCACUACCAUCUAGCAGCACGUCGGCCCCCUGGGCUGGGGCCGAACGGGGACGGGCCAGGGUAGGGGCAGAGCCUGGGGGCCGUAAGUAGCCCGGGGCAGGGGCAAUGUGUGAAUGGCCUGGUUGGUGCCGGAACCGGAUCUGUGCCGGAGCGGCUUGGAUGCCGAACAGCAGGGUCAUAUAUUCUAACAGACUUUCUACUCGGGACUAAGGGGCUCUACUUCUCUGUGUCUUUGGUAAACAUGGUUGUCAUUUUGUCAUAUAUUAGUUGAUUGAUCAUUUUUGGGCCGAUUAAGCUUAGAGUUUAGGUCUGUGACUUUAGUUCUGUGUGCUUCAAGGACGAUUUCCAGGAAAAGUCAACAGUUUUUUUUGCGCACGCUUCUCUCCACUCUGAGUCUGGCCCAUUGUUGGUUGGUUGAUUAAUGAUGUGGUUGUCAUUUUUUCCUUGUGUUGUAUGGAUGCUUUUUUUGUCUGUUUCUAUGCUGUAAGUAAUUACUGUAAGUGGAGGUUUCUUUGUGUAUUUCUGUUUUAUUUUGUUUGCUGAGGAACAACUUAUCUGACUCCAUGGCCUUAGAUACCAAGCAAAGUCUGUUAUAAAUGCUAUCCACUAUCCUGGAUAAAGCGUGUUAGUCAUUGAUGGUGCUUUACUGUUUGUUUUCUAUCACCUUGCAGGUGUAGGAACGGGCAGCACGUCACAACAGAGACUUGCUUGUUUGAAGCCUUUAUUCAUUGUUACCAAUGAAAUAAUAAUUUAGAUGAUGAUGAUGCUGCCUGAGGUUCCACGUAUACAUAUUUUUUGCUUGUCGUCCUGUAAAAAAGAAACAACAGUAUUUUGUAUUACUAAUACAAUACUAAUACAAUACUAUUACUAAUACUUUGGUAUUACAAUGUGUUUUGGAGCAGCACAGUCUUAAAGUAAGAUUGCUUAAAAAGGGAAAAACAAAGUGCAGCAAAAUUAAAAUAUAUAAUUAUAUAUAAUGUGGUGUGCAUAGAAAUAUAAUUAAUUAUAUUCAUUCUAUUUUUAUGGUGGUGUUACUCUGUAUAUAUAGACAUGCUAUAUAAAGGUAUGUAAAAGUAUAUAAGUAUUGUUACAGUCAUCUAUCUAAGAGACUUCUAAGACUUCUGUCUUUAUAUAUGAAUCAUGUUAUUGGUGUAUAUUUGCCUCUUGAGUCUGUAUGCGUGCUGUUAACUCUUUGUGUACAGAGGCGCAGGUAGAAUCUUUCCUAGGGUUGCAAAAUUCUGGUAACUUUGCCAAAAAGUAUUGGUUUGGGGAUUCCAGAUGUCCUGCUUAUUCCCUCCUGAUUCCUGGAAUCUUUCAACCAGUUUUUUCUGGAAUAACAGGGAAUUCUGGGAAAGUUAUCAGAGUGUUUCCAUUAGUUUACAUUUCCAGACCACUUGAAUGUCAACAGAAAAUUCUCAAAAAGCCAAAUCUAGCAAAAAAAUGUUGUUGUAAUUAAUAUUAAAAGAGAAAAACAGUGUUUGCGUAAAUGGUUGUUGCUGUAAUGAAGAUUGUAACAGUAUGUUUACUCAUGAACUGCAUUUUAAGUAGCUAUUUAUUAUUAUUAAUGAAUGGUUAAUUUGCUGAUGCUAAAGACAUUUUAUAUGCUAGGCAACUUGUUGUUGAUGCUAAAGACAGUUUCUAUGCUAGCCAACUUGUUGUUGAUGCUAAAGACAGUUGAUAUGCUAGCCAGCUUGUUGUUGAUGCUAAAGAACAUUUGCUGAAGCUUGAAUUUGAAAAUUGUAUAUUUUUAUCUGAAUAUUAAUAAAAUGGUGUUGAUGGGAAGCUUC